AGGAGUGUCAUUGAAUGGGUACCUUUCGGACCAUGAUUGCCUCAAUCUCCCCUGGCGGAUGUUGGAUUGACCAUAACCAGAGCACCCAAGGCUUAGUUCCUUAGCUUUCUUUAUGAUGCGGAGGCCGCUGCUUAAAUGCGGUGUUAGCUGGAGGCUGAAAGCUAGUUAUAGGUCACAAGGGGUCAAAGAAACGAUUGAGUGUGUCAUCCGGGAUAUGUAUCCAAAUCGCAGUUUUCGAACUAUGGUGCGAAACGAGAUCUGAAUACAUGCUAGUUUGGGGAGAGGUAGUAAUACAUGCCGGGAUCAUUUCUUGGGGCCCAGCAACGUUGCCGUUUUAAUGAGCCUUAAGCAAUGUCGCGGGAAGGUUCUAGAGUAUCUGUUUGGCGUUUGGUCUCGAGUGUGAUACUUAUAAAGUCUGCACUGGGAUUCCUGUCUUUUUCUGUUGUGGCGCUAGUCUAGUUAAGGAGGUCAUGCACAUAGCUCCGAUGUUCCUUGUGAAGAUCUAGCGGUCACCCGACGACGGCGUCUAGGUUGCUUAUCACAACCCAGUCUCGUGUCUAUGCGGCUGCUCAGAGUCGCAGUUCAUCAUCUGAUGUUCAACAUGCAGCUCGGCAUUGUACGUUGCGGUCGAGAAGCCAGGCAUACCUGAAUCUGUUCUAAGCAGUCUCUGACCUUGAUUUACCUCACUCCAUGUUGGAAAUAUACCUUCGAGUAUUCGUUGGUUGAAUAUCGAGAGUGCGACAGGGGUGGAGUUGGUAAUCGCUAAGCAUAGCCAUGGAGAAGAAGGCCCCGAGGAGAGAUGCUGCAUGUGUGGUAGUGAUUAUGUACAUGACAGCAGUGUUAGUCUUUUGUUCACCUGGCCUCGUCCAGGGUAGAAGUCCGUUGAAGAAUCGCGCUCUGAAGAGUGAUAUCAAAGUUCCGGCCACCAAGGAUGAGGUAGCUGCAGAGUUUCUGAGCUGGGUGGCAUCAGUGGUCACUGACUACGAGAACAAAACCUCGUCACAGACGAAUUCUCCGAGUAGACUUCCAAACCUUGGUAUUAAAGCAGAACCACCAAUCUAUUAUGUGGAUCAAGCAGGAUAUGGGAACUUCAGAACCGUUCAGGAGGCUGUGAACGCUGUUCCUGAGGGCAACUCAAUGCGCGUCAUCAUACUCGUGAAGCCUGGCAUUUACAGAGAGAGGGUGAACAUACCGAAAUCCAAAGGAUAUAUAACUCUGCAAGGUUCAGGGAAGGAGUCGACGAGUAUAGACUACAACGAGAAUGCUGCUUCAGCUGGAAGCACGUAUGACAGCGCCACUGUUGCCGUCUUCUCUGACUACUUCGUGGCUAGGGACAUCAGCUUCAGAAAUUCUGCACCAGCUCCACCCUCAGGAGCGGUGAACAUGCAAGCGGUGGCACUUCGCAUCACAGGCGACUGCGCUGCAUUCUACGGUUGUGGCUUCUACGGAUCUCAGGACACGCUCAAUGACGAUAUGGGGCGUCACUACUACAAGAACUGCGAGAUAGUUGGAUCCAUUGACUUCAUCUUUGGAGAUGCCCAGUCUCUCUACAAGGAUUGCGCAUUGAAUGUUAAUGCGGCCACAUACGGAUCCGUGACGGCACAGAAGCGGGAAUCCAGCAGCCGAAGAACCGGAUUCUCGUUCGUGGGGGGCAGCCUCCUCGGAUCUGGCCAAGUGUAUCUGGGACGAGCCUGGGGACCGUACUCGCGCGUAGUUUUUGCUUUCACAUUCAUGCAGGACAUUGUCAUUCGCGAAGGCUGGCACAACUGGAACGAUCCGAACAGGCAGCGGACGGCGUAUUACGGGCAAUAUAAGUGCUUAGGUCCCGGUGCAACGGAGAAUGGUCGAGUUGAGUGGUCUCAUGAGCUCACAGAUGCCGAAGCGGCUCCCUUCCUCUCUCUCGCGUUCAUUGAUGGCCAAGACUGGGUGACCGAACCAUAGCGUGCAACAUUUGCACUUGUAUCAACGUACUUUGAGGAAAAAAAAACAUAAUAAUGAUUCAUCUUAAAAUAGGAAUUGCAAUCACAACCGUGGAGCUCGCAUGUGUUCAGUAGAUUGCGCAAAGAGCUCUUCAAAAGAACAACUUAAGCGCGUUCAAAGAAUAUCAGAAUGAUUGUUUUGCUGAGGCAGUGUGAACUGCGGAGUGUCAUAGAAUUAAAAUAAAAUCAAGCUAGGUCUUGUAAGUUGCUGUGGGAAUACUUCUGUCAUGCAUCUUCCAGUGUGCGCAUAUUAUCCAAAGAUCGCGUCAGUGUGUUGCCUCUGA